GUCUAGGACCCAUUCUCAGGGGAAAGUAAAGAAAUUACACAGCGACAUGAUGCGCCCACUACAAAAGGGAAACGAGGAGAGCUCUCUCUUUCUCUGCUCUUUGCUGCAGUUGGAAGCAUUCACCUGAAUUUUCUUUGUUGUUCUUUUUACUUCUGUUUCGAAGCUUUUUCUUUCUGUCUGUGGAUUGGGAUUUCUGUUCUUGAACAGUAUGUGAAGAGGGAUUUUCUUGGGAGGAAAAGGAGACAACUUUGUGUCCAUUCUUGAUCCUUUUGAGUUUCGGACUUCAACUGUUGGGAGGUUUUCUUUUGUGUUGAAAUCUUGAGACAUGGAGAGGGAUUUCCUGGGGUUGAAUUCUAAGAAUUCUUUUACUGCUAAGGAAGAGUAUGCUGGGGGAGGCUGUGAAGACUCUGGGUUUGCAAGGAGCUCAGGAGUUCCAUGGCCGUUGUCAAACAAGGCAUCUGCCCUCCCUCAAUUCAUGUCUAUGAAGUCUGAGCAAGAUGAGAAACAACCACCAAAGAAUUUUGGAGGUGCUGCCAUGAAGCAACAAUUUCUUGGCGGGAAUCCUCUUACAGGUCCUCAUGCGAUUCUUCCUUCAGCUGCCUAUGUGGCUAGAACAACCGAACAAUGGAUUAAUUGUAAGCCUUCCAGCAUUCCUUCUCAAAUGACCAUAUUUUAUGGUGGAACGGUGAACGUGUUUGAUGACAUCUCUCCCGAGAAGGCUCAGGCGAUCAUGUUUUUGGCUGGGAAUGGGUGUGUUCCAGCUAACGUGGCUCAGACGAAACUUCAGAUGCAAGCACCUGCCCCUAAACUUCCAGCUGCAGACCGCUUUUUGGUUAACCAAUCCCUGAGUAUGUCACCAGGCUCGGGCCUCCCGAGCCCUAUAUCUGUUUCUUCUCACCCCGUCGAUCGAUCUGGAGUUCCAGCUGUUAACAACGAUGAUGUCAAGGUAUCUAAGACUGUUGGCAUGCCAACCACUCUUGUUAACAGAAUCGAGCCUCCUAGGCUGAUAUCAUCAAGAGGAUCUGUUGCGGCGACUGCUAUGAUAUCAUCAGGUGUUUUUCUCACAGCUGUUCCACAGUCGCGCAAAGCAUCCCUGGCUCGGUUCUUGGAGAAGCGCAAGGAGAGGGUGAUGAGUGCAGCACCAUACAACCUGAGCAAGAACGCAGCUGAUUGUGGCACCCCGGAGUCGACCGGUUUUGGCUUCUCAAGUACUUCUGGUGUCGGCUCCAGCUCCGUCUCCACCAACAAGGAGACCGGAAGCGAGCCAUGAUCUUUAGUAGAAUAGUACUUAUGUAGCAAGUAAAUCUCUAAGCAUUUGAUGUUGUUGUAACUGGCAACUUACCAAUGGCCUGUUUCCUGGAACUAUUGUUCUAUAACUUAUAUGAAUCUGGCAAGCUUUCUAGUCUAUUAAUCCAUAGAUAUAAUUUCUUUGCAUC